GGGAGCAGGAAUUCUGGGAUUCAACGGUAGGGCGCCCAAUCUGCUAUUUUUGGUGGACCUUGAGCUAGCCAGUCGCUGGAUUUUAGAGCUGCACUAGGAGGCACUUCCAAGGAGAGCUCCGCAAGCAGCCGCUUGCAGUAUUUAUACAACAGUUAUUUUAUCCUGAUCUGUGUGUUGCUAUCUUUUGUAGUAGUCUGUGACUUGGGUCUGGGGCUUCUGAUUACACCUGGUACGAGUUGGCCUUUUCCCACCUGAGAGUAGAUUCCUUCGUUGCCGGUGUUCACGACGGAAGGGGCGGUGCUCUUGUCCACUUGGACACAACCUCCUGGGGUGGAAGAGCAAGUUGAGCGCUCAGAGGAUGAGAUCUGGUGCUGUCAAAAGAAAGUAAAGCGGGGAAGCUUUGGGCGGGACAUGAUGGGCAAGCAGGCAGCGCCACAGCUGCUUCUCCUGCUGGCAUUGGUCGGGUUCCAUUCGGCAGUGGCCACGAGACUGGCUGAUGUGAGUGCGCUGUUGGCCCUCAAGACUUUGUGGGGCAACCCGGUGUCGCUGGCUAGCUGGGUGAAUGAUCCGUGCACGAAUGCCUGGGUGGGCGUCACGUGCGCUCCGUUGGGCGUUGACGUGACUGUGACGGCAUUGAGUCUGCCUGGCCUCAACCUUGCAGGCCCGAUUGCAAGCGAGAUUGGGAACCUUACGAACCUGCAACAGUUGAACCUUGGGGGCAACCCAAUCACAGGGCAGAUCCCAAAGGAGUUGGGCAGCCUUACGCAGCUCCGAUACUUGUACAUCAACAGCACUCAAGUGAGUGGCCAGAUCCCCCAAGGUCUCGGCGGCCUGGGACAGUUGCUCGAAUUGCGCUUUGACAACAACCUGCUGAGUGGUGGCUUGCCAUAUGACUUGACGAACUUGACCAGCAUACAGACCAUGCAAUUCCAGAACAACGCAUUCAAUGGGAGCAUUCCCUACCAGUUUGGCGGAUUGCCAUCACUUGUUGGCCUGUAUAUGCAGAACAACAACUUCUCGGGACAGAUCCCCAACUCCCUUGCGCUGUCGCUGAACCUGGAUAUCCUGGCUCUCUUCAACAACUCCCUCCAGGGGAAUCUUCCGCAGGAGUUUGGCAACCUAAGGCAAUUGAGGGGCCUGUACUUGCACCAGAACCUGCUGACAGGGCCAAUCCCGGCGACUCUCGCAAACGGUGCCUCGCUGGUUGAGCUGUUUUUGAACAACAAUCAGAUGACUGGGCCCAUUCCCCCGGCCAUUUUCGCCCUUCCUGGUCUCACCAGCCUAGUGCUGAGCAACAACCAGUUCACUGGUACACUCGCACCUACACCGAAUCCUCUUCUGAAAGCACUGCUGAUAGACAACAACACUCUGACCGGCAACAUCCCGCAGAGCUACGCCUCAAUCCCAACGUUCAGGUACACCCCGAACGACUUCUGCAGCUACCAGAUCGGGUUCGUGUGCCAGGGCGGUGGCUGCUUGAGGACCCCCGGCCCCCUGUGCAUUGGCCAGGCGCCCGCCCCGGCCCCCGCUGCAGUUGCGUUUGCCCCCAGCCCCGCGCCUGCUCCCAUCGCCGCCCCUCUCAUCACGCCUGGGCCCAUUGCAUCCACCGCCGCCCCCGUCGUUGUGUUGCCCACCCCUUCGCUUGCCCCCCCCACGCCCGCCCCGACAGCGGCGCCGCUAACCUGCGCCGCGGGGUACGUUGUGAGCAGCCUCUCGGGGAGCCCCCUGUGCGUGAGCCCCAUGCAGGCUAACUUCCGACUGGCCGACAAGAACCUGCCCGACUGGACGCCCGACCUGCAGACGUCCUUCAUCUCCGACCUGGCCUCAAACAUCGGGCUCAGCACCAACCAGAUCAACAUCACGCGAGUCGCGCAGGGCAGCAUCCUGGUGAACACCGACUUGUUCCCCAUCACGGGAACCUCGUUCGACAACCAGACGGUCGCCGACAUCCGGUCGAAGCUCGGGGGCAACAACACCCCGCUUGCGCUGGACGCCGCUCGCUAUGGCAACGUCUUUGUGACCGAUCUUGUGUCGCCGGCAACAGGUGGCAUCGCGACAUUGGCUCCCACGCCCGUCCCAGCCAGCUCGGGCGGGUCUGGCGGUCUCUCUGGCGGGGUCAUCGGCGGGAUCGUCGCGGCUGUGGUUGUGUUCUUGAUCGCGCUGUGCAUCGGCGCGUAUCUGCUCGUCACUCGGCGCUCGAAUCACGGCGAUACAAACGAGACGUUCAGCCCGGCGGCUGACUACGGGGCGAAGCCCCACACGGAGCUCCAGGUGUACGAUGCACCUGCUCCAGCAGGCGAACCGAUGCCUGUUGAGUCAAAGCCCGCCCCCGCUCCUGCCCCGGCCUACUCGUCUCCAACUCCCGUCGCCAUGCCGCAGCCCUUCAUGCCCCCCCAGGAGAACUUCACCCCCCGCGCCGCUGCCAAGAGCCCGUCGUUCUUCUCGCGGAAGAAAAGAGAGAGCACUCCGCCGGCGCUGGAUCUAGGAGCGGAUGCCCUGGCGGCUGCGGCCCGGUCGAAGCUGGUGGUAGACAUCCCCGCGCGCAACUUCAGCCUGCGGGAGCUGCAGACGGCCACGAACAGCUUUGCGAGGGGCAACCUGCUCGGCGAGGGGGGGCUCGGGAGAGUCUACAGGGCGGGAAUGGAGGACAAGGAGUUUGCGGUGAAGCGGCUGGACCAGAAGGUGGGCGAGAGCGAGGAGCAGUUUCUGCGCGAGGUGGCGGUGCUGGCGGGGCUGCACCACGGCCACGUGGUCGACCUGGUGGGCUACUGCUGCGAGGGCACCAACCGCAUCCUCGUCCACGAGUUCGUGCCCAACCGCACGCUGCAGGACCACCUGCACGGGGACAAAGACACCGGCCGCAAGCCUGGGACGCCAAUCACAUGGAACGCGCGCAUGAAGAUUGCGCUGGGCAUGGCGCGCGGGCUGGAGUACCUGCACAGCCAGGCGCCCCCCGUGGUGCACAGCUGCUUCAAGACGUCCAACAUUCUGCUGGACCACGACCUCGUGCCCAAGAUCGCGGACUCGGGCGUCGCGCGCUUCUUCCCGCAGGGGGCUGAUAAGCAGCUGUCGACGCAGAUGCUGGGCACGUUUGCAUAUGCGGCCCCCGAGUACUCGAUGACGGGGGAGCACACGGUGAAGGCUGACGUGUACAGCUUCGGGGUGGUCCUGCUGGAGCUCAUGACCGGCAGGCGACCGCUCGACAGCAGCCGCCCGCGCUACGAACAGAGCCUCGUGCGAUGGGCCACGCCGAUGCUGCACAGCUUGGAGCGGCUGCAGGAGAUGGUGGACCCGGAGCUGGAGGGCAUCUACCCCGCCAAAUCGCUCCUCAAGUUCGCCGAGAUUGUGAGCGAGUGCGUGCAGCCGGAAGCGGAAUUCCGGCCGACCAUGUCGGAAGUCGUCGAGCAGCUGCAGACGCACCUGGUGCCGUUCGCGGGUUUCAACGCGCGCAGCAUGCGCCGGGCCGGAAGUCAGAACUCGAUGGCGUCGCCGCUCCGGUCGCCGUCAAUGCCCGUCUACUCGCGGUCGCCGUCAUAUUACGACCACCGAGAGGAGGAUGAAUAA